CACCCCAAUACUAUGUAUUCAAAAUACACACAAUGUGUGGCUGCAACGGAAAUUUCCUGUUGUCAUCCAUGGCUGUCUGUUUGUUAUCCCUCCCUUUUCGUCAUGUCACCUUCUCUCCUCUCCACUCCAAUAGUUACGGUAAUUAUAGGUAUAGGAAAACCCGUCAAAUUUGCAAAGCUUUCAGCAAAAAUCAUUUGUCUCUUGAUUUAUUAGAGCAAAGCAAGCUUGUUUUGGACGUAAAGGAAAAGCUUCAAAGACAGUGGCCUGAGCUUCCUGUCGGGAAGAAAGGAAGAGAUGAUGAAGAGAUGAUCCUUUGGUUUCUCAAGGACCGUAGAUUCAAUGCAGAUGAUGCUAUUACUAAACUAACAAAGGCUAUUAUGUGGCGUCAAGAAUUCAGGGUUUCCAAUAUAUCAGAAGAAACUGUGAAAGAUAUAACAAGUACUGGAAAAGCAUACUUGCAUGAUUAUCCUGACCUAAAUGGCAGGCCCGUAUUGGUAGUGGUGGCAGCAAAACACAUUCCAGCAAAGCAUGACCUAACUGAGAGCGAGAAACUCUGCAUCUACUUGAUUGAGAAGGCCAUGGAAAGACUUUCUACUGAAGAAGGGAACAUACUUGGGAUAUUUGACCUUCGUGGUUUUGGUACUGAAAAUGCAGAUCUUGCAUUUAUGAAGUUUCUGAUUGAUGUGUUCUAUUAUUAUUACCCAAGGCGACUAGGCGAGGUCCUCUUUGUGGAUGCACCUUUCCUGUUCAAACCAUUUUGGCAAAUUGUCAAACCCUUGUUGAAGUCAUAUGCCAAUCUGGUGAGAUUCUGUAAACCAGAGACUGUACGUGAGUACUUCUCCCCCCCAACGGCUCCUCCUGGAUUUUGAAUUUGAGAUAUUGGAAGUUUUACUCUUUUCUCCGUUUUCCUAAGAGCGGAAAUUUGUCUUGUCCAUGAUAAAAAUGUACUGGCUGGUUGUAGUUUAUGGUACGCUUGAUAUGUGAAAAACAGAGAAAAUAAGUGAUUACGUAGAUAAUCUUUGGUGGAA